ACAUCAAAAAGGAAGAGAUCAUGGCAAUCAAGGACCGGUUUCCUUCGAAAAUACCGGUAAUCAUUCACAAAUACCAAAAGGAUCACUUCUUGCCAGUAUUAGACAAGUCCAAAUUUUUAAUCCCGGGCGACAUGUCGAUGUCCCAUUUCCAGGCCAUUUUAAGAAAACGUCUGCGGAUGAGUAACACUCAAGCUCUAUACCUAUUGGUGAAUGAACGAACGAUGAUGAGUCUAUCUCUAACCAUACAGGAAGUGUAUAAGGAACACGCGCAACCUAAUGGGUUUCUUUACAUUACCUAUGCAGCGCAAGAGGCAUUUGGAGCUCGGGAAGAUUCCGAGUCUAAAAAGGAAACCAUUCAACUUUUAUCUGCAAUGAAUGCCACUUCUGCUACACUUCCACUACUGAAAUAAUAAUAUAAGAGGAGAUGGAAAAAGACUGAAUACAACUCAUUUUUCUGUUAUAUAAUUUAAAUAAGCAUCAGAAUCGUAUGUAAACGGAAAGAACAUAAAGUUUGAUUUUUCAUUAAAACGAUACGAUUAUUUUAAAUUACAUUUAGCACUUCGACCAAACCAAAUAUUAUGUAGUGUCCAUAACCUAGGAAUAAAUUCGAUUAAAAUUCAA